AACCUCUCCUCCACAGGAGUCAUCCACUUCAUCUUUUCUGUUCCUCACCAGUAUUAUUUGAUCCAGGAGGAAAAAACAUGGAGUGAUGCUCAGGCUCACUGCCGAGCCGUACACACCGACCUGGCUAUCAUCACAAGUACUGACGACAUGGUCCAAUUUCAGAAUGAAGAACAAACACAACAAUUCACUUCCAAAGCUUGGAUUGGACUGUACAAUGAUGUCAACAGCUGGCGCUGGUCCUAUGGAAAUGAGCUACUGGGAAGUUUGAGACUGUGGAAGUCAUAUGAGCCCAACAAUGCUGAUGGACAUCAGGAGUGUGGUACAAUAGAUGGGACUGGUUGGAAUGAUAGAGCAUGUACUUCCACAUACCCCUCUGUGUGCUUUGACGACACUAAAACUGGCACCGACAGAUACAUUUACAUCAAUAAUACAUUGACAUGGUCUGAAGCUCAGAGUUACUGCAGAACGUAUCAUACAGAUCUGGUCUCGGUUAAAGAUGAAACAGCAAAUUCUUUGAUAGGAGCACUGACCUCUGGCUGGACUUGGACUGGUCUGUUCAGAGACUCCUGGAAGUGGAUCGACCACACCAAAAUCUCUGUCAUCACCUGGCAGUCUGGAGAACCUGAUAAUUACAUGGAGAAUGAAACUUGUGGUUAUGUAAAUAACAGUCAGGCUGCUGAUGAACAGUGCACAGAGUUAAUGCCAUUCUUCUGUUACUCGGAAGCAGUAAUCCCUCGAAAACAACAAAUCAUGAAGGUGGCGGUCCAGUCCAAACAGAACGUGAAUGAUCCUGCAUUAAAGCUGGCCAUUUUGGAGCAGAUCAAGCAGAAACUGAAGGACCACGGAAUGGUACAGAACAUGACAGCGAAAUGGAAAGAACAACCCGAUGGAAAGGUGUUUCACAAGAAGACAGAAAAAGAAGAAUUCUAAGUCUAUAGUCUUAAUUUAUGUAAAUUUGUAGCGCUCUAGCCUUUUUAAGUGUGACUAACGUGAGAAGAUUAAUGAGAGGUAGUUUACUGUUAAAGGGAUGGUGAUGGGUCUAAUUUACUCAUUUUUAUUUAUUUUUUAUGUGCAUGUCUAAAAUAAUUAUUUUCUUGUCAAACAAUGCUGUUAACAAUGCUGAUGUUGCUAACAUAAAGUUCUGUGUAAAUAUAUUCAUUAUAGUGAAAAUAUGGCUAUGUGAUGCGAGAAAGCAUGAAUGAUGUGUAAGAUGUUUUCCCCCUGCUGUCUCUCCUCCUGCUUCCUUCUGAACUCCACCUGCAGGGUUCCACCAUGGUCCUCGUUUCACUCACUGACUCCAUGCAAUGCACGGAAUUAAAAAUAAUAUUAUAUAAAAUAAUAAACAGCAUUAAAACACUAUUUUAAUAAUCACCAGAUUCCAAGGAAAGUGGUGGCGUCUGUCACAAGUGUCGUCUAUCCGGGAUAAAUUUCAGCUAACUGAGCUUUACAAAAAAACACUUUUUGGAAAGUCUUUGAAGAAUCGUCAUAUGUUGCUCUAAAACCGCUCCAUACCUUUCAGCAUUAAUUAUGUCUUUUAAGAUGUGCAAGCUGCCCAUUCCAUAGGCACUAACACAUCCCCAUACCAUCAGUGAUGCAGGCUUUUGACCUGAGCGCUGAUCACAAGCUGGGUGGUACGUCGCCUCUUGAGUCCGGAUAAUGUGGCAUCCAUGGUUUUCAAAAAUAU